GAUGUCAGUAAGCGACGAGGUACUACACUCAAAGAGAUAGUACUGGAUACGCCAGACAGUCGCAUCAUCCAGUAUCCGGACGAGUAUGGGCUUUCGAGUAAGCUACUGUACUAGAGUGGCUAGGAGAGUCCACUUGCGAAUUCUUGUCACGGACGUAAUACCGGCCUUUUGCGGAGGUUCAGACUUCGAUGGAGACAACGAUUUUCCACCUCGAGGGAACGAUCAAAUGGAAAUUUCCCAAACUGUCUCGAAACCUUGAAAGCUAGGACAAAGAAAUAGAUAAUGUGAAAUGCAGCAGAACUAAAGAGGCUUUUUCUGGCGAUCUUUACCUCCUCCUCCGGCACGAAUGACGUCUACAGUCACGUGAACUUUGGAAAAUGGCAAGGUGAGGGAGCUUUCUCAUCAUAUCCAUAGUAUAAGCCAGCCCCUAAGUCCAGCAGAUGGUCAGGCUGAUGAUAUUAUCAUUAACUUUGAUGAUAUUUUCAUUACCCGAUCUGCGUCAGAGGACUGUGAAUUGAUGAUGAUGAUGAUGCUUGGGAGCCACUUCCGCAGAUUUCACCCGCAGAUGCCUUAGAAUGCCUAUAUAAACUUCGUCUUUUUGAGGAGCAGCAGGCAGAUUAUGAUGAGCGCCUUAUCCAGCAUCUUAUGAGGCAUGAGAGGGUUCAUUUGCAGAGGAUGAUGCAUAAGAAGCAGCAGACUGAUAUCCGAACGUCUUUAGGCG